UCAGCCACCACUGCCUGUCUGUCGCCCUCAUUGCAACCAUGCUGGCCUCUGGACUGCUCCUGGUGACUGUGGUGGUCUUUCUCAGCGUCAUGGUUUUAAUGUCUGUCUGGAAGCAGAGGAAGCUGGCAGGGAAGCUGCCUCCGGGACCCACGCCACUUCCCUUCAUUGGAAACUACCUUCAGCUGAACACGGAGCAGAUGUAUGACUCCCUCAUGAAGAUCAGCGAACGCUAUGGUCCUGUGUUCACCAUCCACCUGGGGCCUCGCAGAAUCGUGGUGCUCUGUGGGCAGGAGGCAGUCAAGGAGGCUCUAGUGGACCAAGCUGAGGAAUUCAGUGGGCGGGGCGAGCAGGCCACCUUUGACUGGCUCUUCAAAGGCUAUGGAGUAGCCUUUAGUAGUGGGGAGCGAGCCAAGCAGCUGAGGCGCUUCUCCAUCGCUACCCUUCGGGACUUCGUUGUGGGCAAGGGUGGCAUCGAGGAUCGCAUCCAAGAGGAGGCGGGCUUUCUCCACGAGGCAUUCCUGAAGACAAACGGGGCUACCAUUGACCCCACCUUCUAUCUGAGCCGAACAGUCUCCAAUGUCAUUAGCUCCAUUGUCUUUGGGGACCGAUUCGACUAUGAGGACAAAGAGUUCUUGUCACUGCUGCGGAUGAUGCUGGGGAGCUUCCAGUUCACAGCCACGUCCAUGGGGCAGCUCUAUGAGAUGUUUUCUUCCGUGAUGAAGCACCUGCCAGGGCCACAGCAGCAGGCCUUUAAGGAGCUGCAGGGGCUGGAAGACUUCAUAACCAAGAAGGUGGAGCAGAACCAGCGCACCCUGGAUCCCAAUUCCCCCCGGAACUUCAUUGACUCCUUCCUCAUCCGCAUGCUAGAGGAGAAGAAGAACCCCAAUACAGAGUUUUACAUGAAAAACCUGGUGCUGACCACACUGAACAUCUUUUUCGCGGGCACAGAGACAGUCAGCACAACCCUGCGAUACGGCUUUCUGUUGCUCAUGAAGCACCCGGAUGUUGCGGCCAAGGUCCAUGAGGAGAUUGACCGAGUGAUUGGCAGGAACAGGCAGCCCAAGUAUGAGGACCGCCUGAAGAUGCCCUACACCGAGGCUGUCAUCCAUGAGAUUCAGAGAUGGGGAGACAUGAUCCCCAUGGGCCUGGCACGCAGGGUCACAAAGGACACCAAGUUCCGGGAUUUCCUCCUCCCCAAGGUGGUGACUCACCCAGCGCUCUUCUUGGACCUCCAGAACCUCCUCCUCGCCCCUCUCUUCCUUUCUCAGUGACUGGCUUUCGCUGCCACCACACACCUCUCCCCUCCUACUUAGAGACUCUUAUAUCUUGGCU